UAAAAUGGCCGCUCUAACUCUUGUUCUGCACCACCAUGAGCUACUACUACCCGACUCAAGCUUCCCAGCCCGUCGUCUACUCAACUUCUCAUCACAGCCAUGCUCCGUCAGCUGCUUACUACCCUACCACGUACGGCGGCACCUACGGAGGCGGCAACGUUGUCUACGUCCCCUCCCACAACAGCAGCAGCAGGCGUUACCAUCACGGCACUACCAUAAUACCUUCGACCCCCGCUCAAGUGAUAACAGUCCCAUCAAGCAGUCGCCAUGGCCAUCGUCACCACCGUCGCCAUCACGGCAGCAGCCAUCACCACCACUCCUCAUACCACCACCCCACCAUUGGCGAGCGCAUUGCCCGUUUCUUCGGUUUCGGUCGGUCGCGAUAUUACAAGCCAAAGUCGUGGAAUAGUUCCUGGGGAUUCCUGGGCCGUUCGCGCCGACGUCGGUACGUUGAUGCACGCACUGGGGCUGAGGUCGAUAAGAAGGGCCGGCCCGUGUAUAGGGUUUAAUCAAGCCAACGCGAAGAAAAUUUCGACGACAGACGACAAACUACUCCGAGUUAAUGAUUAGCUUUUAACUAUGAACACCGGUCCCUUUCAAUUAUUUAUGUACUAUAGGACGUUUCCUUGUCUCUGCUGUAGGAUACUUUGAUGUGAUGGAUUAACCCGAGUUUUACGCACAACUUCCAGGGGUUCAUCGAAAGUCGCACAGCAAAAGUUUGACAUUGUUCACCGCAUUACAUUUUAGCCUGUUUACGGAACUUGGUUGC